AUGAGUAUACAUGAAUCACCUACUCCUAAAAAAGCCGUAGCGGCCAAGAAAGCGCCUGUAACUGUGGAAGUCACGGCGCCUAAACCUGUAGCUGAGCCAGCAACACCAAAGAAGUCACCGACGCCUAAAAAGGCAACGAGAGCGAAAAAGGUAUUGACACCCACCAAGGUUACACCCAAGAAAGCAACAAGAGCGAAAAAGGUAUUGACACCUAAAAAGAUAACACCUAAAAAAGCUACAAGAGGUAAAAAGGUCGCUACACCUACAGCUUCACCUGAAAAGGCGCCAACACCUAAAAAAGCGACCAGAGCUAGGAAGGUUCUCACGCCUGCAAAAGCUUCUUCUAAAAAGUCACCGACACCUAAAAAAGCGACAAGAGCUAGGAAGGUUCUCACGCCUGCAAAAGCUUCUUCUAAAAAGUCACCGACACCUAAAAAAGCGACAAGAGCUAAAAAAGUCCUCACUCCGAAGGCCGCAUCUCCUAAGAAACCACCCACACCGAGGGCAACAAGAUCCAAAAAGGUCGUAAACGCCACUCCUAAGAAAACUACUGCUGAGAACCGUACUGUAGUCGUUAAAAAACCACGCGUAGUCGUCGCCGCGAGCCCGAAACCGACCAGAGGCGCUAAAAAGUCCGCAACAAAGAGUCCGCUUCCCAAAUCUGCGACUAAACAGUCGCGGGCAAAGAAAGCGCAAAGUCCCGCUCCAGUCGUGCAAAAACGCGGUCGCAAGCAACCCGCGGCGUCGCUGGCUAAGAAG